CGUCUCACUGGGGGACACAUCUUGUUCAUCAUUUGUGGGGAAGCAGAAAAGAUUUGGCAAUGCCUGCUGAAGUGAAAGAGGAGCAGAGUUCAGAGGGUCCUCCUCCACUAACUUUACCCCAGGAGGCUAAAGAGCCCACUCUGGAUACCCCAUCUGCUAAUGACGAACUGGACACACCCACCUCCAUUGCCUCCGUGAUGACCUCGACCAAUGAGAGCUCCACGGAGACCGACACCCCGCAGCAGACAGACACUGAGGAGUCCAAGGCUGUGGAACAAGAGGGUGAACAGGCCCUGAGUGAGACCCCAGAAUCCUCAGAGACACAACUGGAGAACUUCCCGACACCAGACACACCUGAUCUCACAUUGACUCCAGUGGCUCAAGAUAACACUCCUGCUGAGCAAACUAUUCCUGAAGCAAACACUGAACCCUCUGAGUGUCUUACACCAGCCACGACGACCAGCAGCACCACCACAGCACCCCCGCAGCCCCAUGUGGUACUGCAGCCUGGGGAGCUUCAGCCAGUGAAUCCAGACAGCCAGAGCAGAGUGUACACCCUGCCUGACAGCUACAGAACCAUCGGGGGUGACUUAUGCGCAGGGUAUGGAAGCCUGUCCCGCGCCACUCUCCACAGCUACUGGCCUGCCAAAAACUUCCAGCCUGGGGCUCACUACACCUUACCCUUCCUAAGGGACAGCUAUGCUCCUGCAGGACUCAGCAGCCAGACAGAAGACGAUGGCCUCAGCGAACGGGGAGAAAAUCCUCUGGACAUGAAGACUGACCACCCAACUGCCAGCUACCCAACACUGGGGGGGAUCCAUCAGUUCAGGCCUAUUACCACCAUGGAGCUCCUCAGAGAGCCCUCGAGAACCAGAGGUGGCUAUGAUGAUGCCUUCAUGGCCCAGCUGGAGGGGAACCUGAAUCCUUUUUUCCAGGCCAUGUGCCGAGCGCAGACCCUGCAGUUCCCCCACAAACGCAGCAGCAUGGUCAGCCUGGACAGCAUCCGCAGAGACCCGCGCUGGAGAGACCCCAACCUGCAUGAGGUGAUCUCGAUGCUCAGCCACCCAAUGGACCCAGUCAAGUCCAAUGCAGCUGCUUAUUUGCAACACCUGUGUUAUGAGAAUGACCGCAUCAAGCAGGAAGUCCGUCAGCUGAACGGGGUGCCGAUCUUGGUGGAAUUACUGGACCAUCCUAAAGCUGAAGUCCACCGCAAGGCCUGUGGUGCUUUGCGCAACAUAUCCUUUGGGAAAGACCACAAUAACAAAAUGGCCAUCAAGAGCUGUGAUGGCAUACAAGCUUUAGUCAGACUGCUGAGGAAGUCCAGCAGCAUGGAGGUCAAAGAGUUAGUCACAGGCACUUUGUGGAACCUCUCCUCACAUGAGCCGCUGAAGAUGAUGGUCAUCAACCACGGGCUUCAAACAUUGACUGAUGAAAUCAUCAUCCCGCACUCAGGCUGGAGGAGAGACUCGGCCGACCCCUCCAAAAUGCAGAGCGCUGAGUGGACCACGGUCUUCAAGAACACCUCUGGGUGUCUGAGGAACGUCAGCUCAGAUGGGGCGGAGGCUCGACAGAGGUUGAGGGAGUGUCAGGGGCUGGUGGACGCGCUCCUUCAUGCCCUUCAGUCAGCUGUUCUCAACAAGGAUACUGACAAUAAGUCAGUGGAGAACUGCGUCUGCAUCCUGCGAAACCUGUCCUACCAUGUUCACAAAGAGAUACCAGGAGCCGAGCGAUUUCAGGAGCCCCAUGCCAAUCACCUGAUGAGGUCAGUGGGGCACCAGAAGAAGAAGAAUGAGCCUGACUGUUUUGGCGGGAAAAGACCCAAAGAGGAGUGGUUCAAUCAAGGUUGGAAAAAUGGAUUUAUGGACAGGAAAUACGGUACAUUGGAUUUACCAAAACGUACAGAACAUAUGAAAGGGUUGGAGCUGCUGUACCAGCCGGAGGUGGUGAGGCUCUACCUCUCUCUUCUCACCUGCAGUCACAACCACAACACGCUGGAAGCGGCUGCAGGAGCGUUGCAGAACCUUGCUGCGGGACACUGGGCUUGGUCCAGCUACAUCCGGGCCACAGUGAGAAAAGAGAAAGGGCUGCCUAUUCUGGUGGAGCUGCUGCGCUCAGAUGUAGACAAAGUGGUGCGAGCUGUGGCUAUUGCUCUUCGCAACCUGGCCAUGGACAGAAGGAAUAAAGACCUAAUAGGGAGUUAUGCUUUGAGGGACCUUGUCGGGAAUCUGCCAUGUGGGCAGCAGCACCCAGCGAAGAAUCUUGAGGGAGACACGGUGGUGUCUAUUCUGAAUACUAUCCAUGAGAUCAUCACAGAUAGCCCAGAGAACGCCCGAGCGCUCAUACAGGGUCAUGCUGUGCAGAAACUGGUGGCCAUCAACAAGUCCAGCCAAUCAGCACGGGAGACCAAGGCAGCUUCCCACGUACUCCAGACAAUAUGGGCCUACAAGGAUCUGAGAAACACUUUGAUCAAGGCAGGUUGGAACAAGGGCCACUUUAAGCCAACAACCACAGGAGUGACUAAAAAGUCCAAGAGUGGAAAACAAGGCAGUGAUGACAUCACCUUGCCUCUCAUGGACAAAAACCAAGAUGUAUAUUCCAGUUUAGAGCCAAAUGAUAGAGUUGGAGAUGGGAAAGGCCCUGUUGUGGAAAGAGAUGCUCUCCAGGUAAUCUGCCAUUUUAAUGCGAUAAGUGAAAGAAAACACUUCAUCAGAGCUGGCAGGCCUGCAGUGGGCCUCAUGGAUAACAAACCUCCACCACUGGACUCCUGGGUGUAAACGUGACAACAUGGCCACUGAAGCCGGUUAAAUCCUGCAGAGACACUUUCCAUUGGUGAAAUACAGAUUUGUGCCAUUGGAUCAUUCUUGUACAGACAGAGAAACACAUUCAGUUAAAAAUCAUUUCCUUUGUUUACAGGAAGUACUGUGCCAAACAUUUACAUGUAUUUAUUACGGAGAUUAUUUGGCAAUAGAUUCGAUGGAUUAUUGUCAUUUAGGGCGAUAUACACUACACCUGAUGGAUUAUGUAUGACAUCUGAAAUAGCCUAAAUAUGCAAACUAUAGUGAAUCAAGACUCCAAAGAAUAUAUGACAUGUACAAUUUAAAUUUUACUG